AUGAUUGGCGGUCUUGUCCUAGGGGCAAACGGCUGGCGGUGGACACAGUGGACCACAAUCUUCUUCAUUCUUGCUUUUUAUCUGCCCAUAAUCUUUACCAAAGAGACCUAUAAAAAGGCCAUCCUGCAGACAAAGGCUAGGACACUCGGCUCGCCGAACUCGAUGCCAGAAUUGGAAUUGGGCUCGCUACUGAGUUCCACCAAAUACUUCGCGACUACGCUGCUCGUCCGACCAGUCCACAUGAUAUUGACCGAGCCAAUAGUGACUCUGGUCUGCAUGUACAAUGCAUUCCUUUUCGCCAUGAUGUACACGUUUGUGGUUGCAUCACCAUGGGUGUUUGAACACUACUAUCAUUUCGACAUGGUCGCCCAAGCCUUAUCUUUUCUAGGUCUGAUGGGGGGUACAGCUCUCGCACCAGUUCCCUUGAUUCUCAUCGACACAUACAUCUACCAACCACGACUUAAGCAGUUUCGAAGGGAGUUCGCUGGUUUUGAUAGGCACUUUCCCCCAGAACAUCGACUGUACCCUGGUGUGCUUGCGUCCUUUACUCUCCCGGCCUUCCUGUUCGGAUUCGCCUGGACGGCACGGCCUUCGAUUCAUUGGAUUGUGCCCAUCAUUUUGGAAGGACUCACCAUUUUAGCGGCCGUAAUGAUCUAUUCUUCGGCCAACCUCUUCAUGAUGGAUUCCUAUGGUCCGCUCUAUGGCGCUUCGGCAUCAGGAGCAGCCAUGUUGUCUCGAUAUGGAUUGUCAGCUGCUUUUCCAUUGUUUGCAUUGCAAUUGUACAAAGCACUUGGUGUCAGUUGGUCAACCAGUCUCUUAGCCUUCUGUACACUGGCCAUGGCGCCGAUACCUUGGCUGUUCUGGUACUUUGGGGAACAGUUGCGUGGAAAGACCAAGUACGAGACCAGUGGCUGA